GGCGCUAGCUGUCAAAAUAAUCCGUGUCAAACGGUCGACUCGCAAACACAAGACAAUUUCCAACAAUAAGGGAAUAACCAUGGACAGUGAUCAAUUCGGGAGGAGCAAUACUGAUUCUCAAUUCAUAUCGUUCCAAGAUUUCUCGCCGAUAAAUAGGCCAGGGGCUGGUGGCCAGGCACAACUGGACCUCGGCACACCCAACCACCAACAGUUCAUCAAUAACCAACAAUUCUCCAAUGAUUCCACGACUAUUGGAAUGAUGGACGAGUUGCGUGGACUUCCCCAGCAGAAAGAAGCCAACAGCACCUCGAGGAGCUUUUGGACAGUGGAAUAUUACCAGAAGUUCUUCAAUGUCAACACGAAUGACGUUCUCCAUCGAAUCACGAAGUCGAUGGUGCCACAUGGACCAGAUAAUUACUUAUUAUCCCACAUACGACCUAAUCCCGACCUGUAUGGGCCAUUCUGGAUCUGUGUCACCCUGAUAUUUGCCAUUGCUGUCAGUGGAAAUCUAGCGAAUUACUUGCAAGCCUCUUACACUGGCCAACACCACUGGAGAUAUGAGUUUCACUUCGUCUCGUAUGCAGCCACGUGCAUAUGUCUGUAUGUGUGGCUACUGCCAUUGGGACUCUGGGCCGCUGUCAAGUGGACACAUGAACCCAAUGAUGCUAGUCUAGAUGCUGAAUUAAUUGAGUCAAAUGAACCUCCAGGACUUCUGGAACUUCUGUGCCUUUAUGGGUAUUCAUUGUCCAUCUACAUUCCAACGGCCUUUUUAUGGACAAUCCAGAUCGGCUGGCUCCAGUGGAUACUCGUUGGUGUUGCAGCCAUUCUCUCUGGGGGAGUGCUAUUGCGCUCUCUGAUGCCUUUAAUUACUGGAAAACAAAAACCAAUUUACGUUGCUGUGAUCCUCGGUAUGCAUCUGCUGCUGGCCACGGGUUUCAUGUUAUAUUUCUUCCACGUUCCCAAAGUCUCAGUGGAUGUAGUCCCCAUCCCACAAAGUACAACAGUAAUUAUCCAAAAAGUUGUGAAUAGCUCAAAUCCGAUCAAGAAUUUAACGAAUUCCACGUGAAUAUUCUCAGCUACGGAUUUUAAAUUAUAAGAUUCCACGGACGAAAAAAUUUAAUAAAAAAACCUGGAGAAUUUGCUGUAUAAUUCUAUUGGAUUUCUAUUCAUCUUUA